GGUCUUUAACGCUUAACAUCACAUAGAGGCAUAACAUUCAAUAAUGCCAGGAGGUCGAUCUAUGAAAUGCGUCGUUGUUGGUGAUGGUGCAGUUGGUAAAACUUGUCUAUUAAUUUCAUAUACCACGAAUGCAUUCCCUGGAGAAUAUGUACCAACUGUAUUCGACAACUACAGCGCUAAUGUGAUCGUCGACGGUGAUCCUAUUACACUCGGCUUGUGGGAUACAGCAGGUCAAGAAGAUUACGACAGAUUGAGACCACUUUCAUAUCCUCAAACGGAUGUAUUCCUCAUCGCUUUCUCAAUCGCUAGCCCAACUUCACUUGAAAAUGUAAAAUACAAAUGGGUACCUGAACUCAAACAUCAUGCACCAAAUGUACCAAUAAUUCUAGUAGCUACAAAAGUAGAUCUUCGUAAUGACAGAUUGACCAUUCAAAGAUUAGCAGACAGGGGUAUGAACCCUAUUAGCUGGUCAGAAGGUUCAAAGCUUGCAAAGGAAAUUUCAGCUGUCCGUUAUUUAGAAUGUUCAGCGAAAUCCCAGUUAGGUUUGAAAGCUGUCUUCGAUGAAGCAAUCAGAGUCGUUUUAAUGCCACCUGCAAGACACUCAAAGAAGAACAAAGGUUGCGUUAUUGCAUAGAAACUAAUCAUUCUCCUUCCCUUAUUGUAAUGUUCUCUUUUAAAUCAUUUAUUAUGUCAAAAGCGUUGCUAAUAUUACAAAUACAAAGCUUCCCGCUGUGAUUGAUGUGAUUGAGGUGAUUGAUUUUGAUGUGGAUGCGCUACUAUUGUUUUCACCCAUUUCGGCUGCUGUAGGUGGAUGUAUGUCUCCUCUAUCGUUGUAUGCAACUGAGUUGGCUUCUGCAGCUACCUUAUAAACGCUACCGUUUCCAUAGGAUUCAUAAUCAACAAGAACGAAGUUCGGUGCCCUUGAAUGUGCAUCUAUGCAAUUGACCAUCGCCUGUCCUAAUGAUCCUUCGCCGGUAGCUGCAUUUGUUGUUGUUAAUUUAUCUUUAUCGGGUGUAAAAUAUUCAGUUCCUAAGAAAGAGUCCUUCUUAUCAAGGAAAUGGUUAUGGAUAUACAUAGAACUAAGGUCAUUGCCUCUAUCCAUCUCGCAAGUCCAGCUAGCGUUGACCGCAUUAUAUUGAUCUUCCCAUAUAUUGUCGAAUUCAUCAAUAAUCGCAGGGACUUUAGAGUGAUCAGCAUGAUAAUCCAUAAAUAUGACAACACGUUGGUUCUGCUCUAUGAGUUCACCAAGUCUAGGCCAUUGUUCAAGUGAUAAUUUUGAUGAUGAUGGCAUAUAAGCCAUAUCCAACAAGCCUGAAUCCUUGAAUGGUUUGCUGAUAGUUUCAACAUCAAUAGACUCGCUAUUCGUGAACAACAUUGAGAGGACCUCGCGUGGAUUGUUAUCAAGCCAGGUCUUAACCUCCUUGAGGUAAUCUAAUACAGAUCCACCAUCGUAUAUAAUACAACUGGUGUGACAGAGCUGCAAGGCGCUACCCUUUCUGUGUAUUUGACUUUGAAGGAGACGGGUACCGUGGUUGAGCUGCGAUGUGACGUUCCAAUCUUGGUUUGUCAUAGAUUUACUCAUACGGUAAACUCACCUAUGAAUGUUACGUUCGAGUAUUUCCUCUCGCAGAGCUCAGCAUGUCCAUUACAGGUAGACUCUAUAGUGGCAGCUAUGGCCGUUGAUAAUAUCAUCAAGGCCGCUAUUACUUUCAUAGUGAUAAUCAUAAGUCAACCAUUUUUGGAAAGAAAUCUGCGCGUCUGUCGAGAUUGUCUAGGCUUUCCUAGAUAUU